AUGGGGAGCCUCCUCGAGGACGGCCUCUCCUACAAGGAGAGCUUCAUCGUGCGCUGCUACGAGGUCGGCAUCAACAAGACCGCCACCGUCGAGACCAUCGCAAACCUCCUCCAGGAGGUAGGGUGUAAUCAUGCACAAAGCGUUGGGUUCUCCACCGACGGUUUUGCCACGACUACAACAAUGAGAGAACUUGGACUCAUUUGGGUCACAAAUAGGAUGCACAUUGAGAUCUACAAAUACCCCGCUUGGGGUGACGUUGUUGAGAUUGAAACAUGGUGCCAAGCUGAUGGAAAGAUCGGUACUCGGCGUGAUUGGAUCCUUAAGGAUUUAGCUAAUGGUGAAGUUAUUGGAAGAGCUACCAGCAAGUGGGUCAUGAUGAACCAAAAUACACGCAGACUUCAAAGAGUCAGUGACGAAGUCAGGGAUGAGGUGUUUAUCCACUGUCCGAAGAGUCCAAGAUUAGCAUUCCCUGAGGAAAAUAAUGGCAGUCUGAAGAGGAUUCCUGUUCUAACAGAUCCUGCACAGCACUCGAGGCUCGGUCUAGUGCCUAGAAGAGCUGAUCUGGACAUGAACCAACAUGUCAAUAAUGUCACUUACAUUGGUUGGGUCCUCGAAAGCAUACCUCAAGAUAUUAUUGAUACCCAUGAGUUGCAAACAAUCACUCUUGACUACAGAAGAGAGUGCCAGCAUGAUGACAUAGUCGAUUCUCUCACCUAUAUAGAGGAAGGGGAGGAGAUAAAUUCUAAUGGAUCUCUGUUUUCAGCGCCGCACCCAGAAGAGCAGCGUCAGUUCUUGCACUGCUUGAGAUUUGCUGGGGCUGGGGACGAGAUCAACCGUGGUCGCACCGUGUGGAGGAAACUAGCUAGAUAA